GGUCACUCCGGUCACGGAAAUCCGCAACGCGCAGGGUCAACUGGUGUUUAACAAAGCGGUGUCGACGCUCCGGGUUCGGGAACUGGGAAUCACCUUGGAAGGGUUCAAAAAUGUCCCUCUCGUCGAACCAGAAGGCGCCGCGGAUGCGAUUCAAACCAAGUGGCUGCAGGUUCUGGUCGCGGAAGUUUCGCCCGUCGGGGGGUUGGAUGUGAGCAGGAAGCUGUUCGUGGAGGGGGAGAGGUUGAUUUCCAUCAACGAAGUGCCCGCAGUGCAACUAAAACUCCGGGAGAUCGCGAACAUGCUGUGCGCCGGCUGCGACUCGGUCGUGACGAACGCGAGCGGCAGAGUGCAAACGCCACCGGUGAGGUACAGUAGCUCCAGCCUCAUUCACGGCAUAAAGCUCUUACGCCUGUCCCUCCGGCAGUCUUUUCACGAUUUAAAGUCGCUCCUCACCACCGUCGACCAGAAAUCCACGACGAUCGCGGCGAAACGGAAACGCAUGGACGCCGAACGCGAACGGCUGGCGCUCGAGUCCGAGCAGAGCACGGAGGCGCUGCCGUUUCUGGUUUCGAAUACGGAACGGGUUGCGGAGUUGUUUCUGAAGCACCUGAUGUCCUCGGAGCUGAAAGAGGCGUUUGAAAUUGUGGGGAAAUACCGGGAAGAAACCAACCACCCGCUGAUCGAACCGACGGGCACGGAAUUUUACUUUUUCGUCGAUCACAACGAGAGCUUUUUGUUGAAAACCCGAAAACUGCCGAAAUCGACCAAGCGAAAGUACAUCUCGAAAUCCUCUGUGCAAGUGCAAAAAUUCGAGCUUUGCGCAUUCGACAAGGUGAACGAAGCCGUCGUGCGAGACAACACGGAGCUGCAGGACAAGCUCGCAGAACCGGACGGCGCGGAGUUCAUCGAUCCAGUGCUGCUCGCACUCAAUUUCGACGGCAAAAAGCCAGCGCAGAAGAUGAAGGCAAUCGGCUACUAUGGUGGGACGAACGAAGGGUCGUUUGCUGCGAUGCUGACGAACCGCAGUGGGAACCCGCCGAGAUCCAAUCGCGGAAAUAAUGCCGACCCACUGCUCGAUGGUGCGGACAUGGAUUUCAGGGAUGAUCCAGUGGGGCCGCAGCCGCAAUACGCCAACCCGGUCUCGUACGAGCUGCAACUUUCAGAGGACGAUAUGAAGAUUGACGGGAAGUACGACAUCCGGCUUGACGGCUCGUUAGAGGUAGACGCGAGACGAGACAUCGACCCGAUCACAUUCGAGGUCACCGAGACGCCAGCAAGGUCCAUGAAGAAGUACUUGCUGCACCGACUCUACUUGGAAAAGCCCUACAAGAUUCCGUCAGUAAACCCGGAACAAGUAGUGGCCGCAGACGGGGGUGCGCAGCAGCUGCAAGAAUUUCUCCCACCUUUUCAGGACACCAUGUACGACUUGAAGGACCUGGAGUUGCCGCUUUUACCCCGGUUGCCAGCGAACACGCCACCAGCAAAAAAGCCGGACUUCCAACGCAGGCUGUGCAUUCUGGAGGUGCCGAAAGUCGUCUUCCACGCCUCCGAAGGUCCCCGGCUCUUCAACCACGUCCGCUCCCUCUCGGUCCGCUGCAUGGCGGAGUGCACCAAGGGCAGUUUGAACCUGUCGCUCUGCCUGCGCAGUCCCGAGGCGCACUGCGGCUUUGUCGUGGAGGUCCUUGGGGCGUCGGAAAACUUCUUCAAGCCGUGGAUGGCCUACACGACGCACUACCAAAACCGGAUCCAAGACUUGAUCUACACCCGGGUCAGCGUCGGCCUCGGCGGGCCGGAGGAACAGAUCCAGGAGGAUCGGGCGUCGCUCCUACCGGACGGAAGAGAAAUGGCCGUGGAGGUUCGUUGUCCGACCAUCCGCCAUCCGGCCAGCAUCAAGUUCCCGAAAUGGAGCCUAAAAACCGUGGUCAAUCCAGAGACCAGCGCGACGCAAUCGAUUCUCACCAUCGGAGGCGAGAUCACGCUUCACGACGAAGAUCUGCGGAAGCUGCGCAACACGAUGCUGGACAACGACGGCGCCAAGGCGGGCGAGUUUCUCGGAAAAAACGCGAAAUAUGAACGGGGGAAGAUCUUGCGAAGGUACCGCAAGCGCUGCGAGGAGUUCCGGAGAUUAUUCGCGAAGUAUCUGAACGACGGGGAGUUCGAGCAAGAUUUUUUGUCCGCGAUCGAGAGCGCGCACACCGCUGCUGGCGGGGAAGAUCCGGAAACGGCGAAGGGGGGCGUGAAGCAGAUCCGCGUCACGACGGACGCGUACAUUUCCGAUGAGAAAAUCGUUCUGCGGAACCUGGGCCCGAAAAUCGGCAGCAAGCCGAAGCACGUCGACAUUGUGCUGGAUUACGCGACCACCGACUUGCUCCGCUGCGCGUGCGCCGGAGACACGAUCGAGUUCUGGGCAGCCGGGAAA